AUGGAGGAUUUGGAAUCUAAUGAAUUGGGUGAAAGAACAGAAACAGCUGCAACCGAAGAGUCAGACUCUAUUAGUUAUACCAACAAAAAGAAUAAAAGAGGUCGACCAAGAAACCCACUUUGGGAUAGUCAUUUUACAGAAAUUAAUACUCAAGAAAGUGGACAUAAGGGUUGGCGAUGUAAUUAUUGCAAAGAAGAAAAUGUACGUGCAACAGAAAUAAAUAUGAAUACGCACUUAGCGUUAAUUUGUAAAACUGUUCCACUUAAUAUUAAACAAGAUUGUUUACGAAACUUUCCAACACCAAAUAAAAAAAGACAAAUCGAACAUGAUAUUGCUAGUGGUUUACAACCGCGAAUCGAUAGUAAAUUCCAAAAUAUAAGUAAAAUGGAUUCUGGUCAAGAACAAUUAUGUCACAAGGCAUUAACACGAUUGUUUGUUUGCUGUGGAAUUCCUUUUUGGAUUGUUGAAAACCCUUUUUUUUUAGAUUUUUGUAAAAAUUUAUGUUGUUCAUAUAAACCACCUGAUCGAAAGGCUCUUAGCAAUGAUUGGCUUAAUUAUGAAACAGCACGUAUUGUAGUUUCUAUGGAAAAAGAACUUGAAAAUGAAAAAAAAUCUUACACUAGUUGGACAAGCAAUCGUGGAUAUUCUUAUUUUGCUUUUAUAAUUAUAACACCCGACAAAAAGCAAUAUGUACAUUAUAUUAAAGAUUUUUCUCAUGAAUCUCAUACGGUAAUUUUUACAGCAGAUGAAAUUGAAAAAGUUUUACUCGAUAUUGGUGCUAAUAAGUUUGGCGCUGUGAUAUCUGAUGGAGCUUCAGCAAUGUCGCUUGCAAAACAGUAUAUUUCAGAUAAAUACCCAGGAAUAUUACCUGUUCGAUGCAUUGCACAUCAUAUCCAGUUAAUCUGUAGUGAUAUAAUUUGCAAAACUUCAUUUGGAAAAAAAGUAUUACAGCAAUGCCAAUUAUUUGUAACAUAUUUUCACACAUCUCACCGAUCUGGAGCACGUUUGCGUAAUGAAAUGAUUAAUGCUAUGAUAAAUAAAGGAUUAAAAAGUUCUGUUUGCUCACGAUGGUCAUCUGCAUAUGAUUGUAUUUUAGAUAAUGAUGAAUUUGCUAUGACUGCUGAAUUACGAAAUCUUACACAAGAUCGACAAUUUUGGGCAAAUGCAGAAACCUUAGCCAAAGUAUUAUCUCCUGCUAAAAAUGCAGUUAAAAUCGUCGAAUCUAAAGUUACAACAACUGCAGAUAUUUUUUUAUUUCUUUUUCAAAUGGCGAUAGCUAUUAAUUCACUUAAAAAAAAUGAUUUACCAGAACGUGUUGAAUUUCGUAAGCAAUGCAUUCAAUUUUAUAAUAAGCGUUGGAAAGAAUUUGAUAUAAAAUUUUAUAUUUUGGCAUAUUUUCUUCAUCUAAAAUAUCGAGGAAAAGGCAUGAGAAGUUCAGUAUUUCACCAAGUUGUAUAUACAGCUCUUGAAAUUUGGAAAAAAAUUGGAGGUGGAUUAGCAAGUGCAAAUAUAUUAAUUGCACAAAUUAAAAUGUAUGAUGCAUUCGAACCACCAUAUAAUUUUACUUUUAUGGAAAAUAUUGAAUCACCACGAACUUGGUGGAAUGGAUGCAAGAUAUCAAAUCAUUAUUUACAAAAACUCGAUUUACAUUUAUUAGCAAUUACUCCACAUAAUGCAAGCUGUGAGCGUAUAUUUUCAAUUUUAAGUUGGAUCACACAAAAAAGACGAAGCAGAAUAACUGUUGAGAAAGUAUCUAAUAUUGCGAAAUUGCAUACAUACUACAUAACUAAUACUCAAAAUUAUAUUAACCAUAAUGUUUCUGAAUCAGAAUUUGAGCAAGUUAUGGAAAAUUAUGCAAAUACGGUUGAGUUUGAUGAUGAUAUGUUCAGCGAUAAUUUUAAAAGUGAACAUGAAGAAUUUGAUACUGAUUAUGUUUCAGAUACUGAGGAAUUGGCUGAUCUUUUGCAAUUUGAUAAUGAGAAUUUGGAUAUCGAAAACAUGUUAGAUUUUAAUGUUUUUUCAGAAAGAAAUGAAAAUGAAACAACUGAUACGGGUAAUGUAGAACCUGAAGAUGAACAUGAUUAUGAUAUUGAAGAUGUUAUUAAUGCGUCUUUGAGUAAAAAGAUGUAA